AUGAAUUUUAGUUAUAUUAGCUGUCUUCUAUGUUUUAACAUAGUGUAUAUUGUAUUUUGUGUAUAUGGAGUCUCCGCCUGGGAGUGUAGCGUUCCACUUAUUAUACGAGGAUCAUGGUUUUCAUGGGAAGGAAGAAAUACCCUUACAGAGUUAAAUGCAGAUACCAUGACUGGCAGAGGACAUUGUGUCUUAAUUAAAGAAGAUUAUCAUGUUAAUUAUACAAUGGUGUUUAAAAAUAAUCGAUGUUACACAUGUGUUAAAUUUUUAGUGCGCACCGUUAAUGUUCUUGAAAAACUCGAAACUUCGUGUGUUAAUUUACCUGAGGGUGAAGAGCCUACGUUUGAACGAGUAUGUAAUAAUUUACCAGAUCAAUUGAUAACGUUGUUCUCAGAAAAUUAUGUUCCGGUUAAUUGUCGAUCGUCAUUAGAAGGUGUAUGGAACUUUGCAUACCAGAAUCGUUUCCGGUUUACGGGAGAAUGUCGUCAUCCUGAUGCACAAAUUCGAUCAUGUCAAACAGCUGGAACACAAUUUUUAAUUACGAAUCAAAAGUUUAAUAUUACAUACAAAAAGUGUCAAGGAAUGACAGGAACAUUUGAUGGUUUAGUCGAAUACAGUUGUCUAGGCGAUUGGUUCGUAGGAAAGAAUCAUUAUUUUGCUGUAGCCAAUACAAAAGAAUCUCGUAAAGAUGAAAAAUACCGAUGUUUCUUGAAAAAUCGUGAUGAUGAUUUAUAUAUUGGUGUAUCAAUUACUGCAGAAUGUAAUUCACUGAAAACACCUGAAAAAUCACCAGAAAGAAUGCGUGUAACACCUGUUAAAGCUGAGGUAGUUGAGCCGGGUUGUAGGUUGCCACAAAAUUUUAGCGGUGAAUGGAUCAACACUGCAAAUUUAGAUGCUGAUGUGUAUAUUAAUGAAACGCAUAUUAUUGAAACCUGGCAUCCGGAUGAAGGACGUUUUCGAAAAACAAUUUAUGUAUGCAGAGAACAACGCGAUAGCCGAGUAAUGAUGGCACGUUUAACAGUCGAUGGAUGCCAAAAAGAUUUCGUAUGCUUUGAUUUUGUUCCACAGCAUCAUAAUAUAAUUCGAUAUCGUAAAGGAAUCGCUGUAAUCAAAGAUGAUUUUCACACUGUGUGUUCAUGGGUACAAUUUCCAAAUAAACAAAAAUGGAAGUACGAUUUAUUCUUAGCAAAACAACCAGUAGCUGUCCGCUGUCCAGUUGCUGGCAAAUUUAAUUUUACACAACGUGGUGACGUACCUUUCGAAACGCGUAUUCUUGGUGGUGUUACCUUAAGUCCACGACCAAAUAUUUAUUGCAAACAAAAUAUAUCUGACUUUUCGGUUUGUGAUACAGAUCAAAAGGAAAUUGCUAUUGAUGAAACGUACUGUUUGUCGGUGGAUCACUUAGGUCGACCGGUAGAUAUUUACAGUGAUCCUGAUUAUAAAAUGAAAUGUAUUGGCUUUUGGAAAGAAAAUUUGAAAUCGUACUUAAUCACAUACGAUGAGUUGGAUGCAUUUUCCAGAUAUCGUUGCUGGGUAUAUCAGCGAGCUGAUUUAAAUCGUGUUUUAAUGUCAUUAGCUAUAGGACCAUUUUGUGAUUUGAAACAAGAUGUAACAUCUUGGAAUUAUACAGAAGGGGCUGCUGUUGCCAUUGAAAUGCAAGAAUAUGAAAGAGAACGUGAUCAAUGUCCAAUGCAUUUUGAUGAUGGUGCUAAUCCAUGGAUUAAAUCCGAGAGUUAUAUUAAAGUAUUUCAUUUUGGAGCAUAUCAUGGUGGAGCCAAUUCUUUACUUUUGGAAAAUACUGUUUUUAUAUCAAUAAUAUUUUAUGCUUUAAUUCAUUUAUUUUAAAAAGGAAGUUAUUCUUAUUUCCAAUCAAGUUCAAUGAAUUCCAACUCUUUUUCAUUUUAUAUAAUGAAUCUCAUUUUUAUUUUCACAAGCAAUAAUUUAUUGUUCGAAUGAAUCCGCCGAAAAUAGUUCAAAUUAUUUUUUAAUUAUUUCAUAAUCUGGAUAAUUAAUACUUUUAAUUCAGUUAUUUUAAUCUGCAGUUAAAUUUUGUGAUAGUUUAGUGGAAUUCCAUUGAAUUUUCAUUUCAUAUGAUGAAUCUCAUUUAUUUCGUCCAUUUUUUGAUAAAAUGAAUCCGUCCAAACUAGUUUUAAUUUUUCGAUAAUAUUGAACACUGUUUGAAGGUAAUUAACAGAAGUUAAUAAAAUUAUGUAUAUUGAAAUAAUUUAUUACAUGCAUAAAAAUUGCUUUCAGCAUAGAAAUUCUAUGGCAAAGUCAAAAUAGUCAUUUAUAAAGUUUUAUAUGAAAUAUUUUAUGUGUUUUAAAAAUUAUAUAGAAUUUAGAAUUUAUUUUGUAUUUGGAUUUCUCUCUCUAGUUAUAAAUUUUUGUUCAAUAUUUUAUGACUAUUGACAAUUGAAAAGGUUUAGUGUCGACAAGGCUCUAUUUUCGUUUUAUUUUGAAGUAGUAAAAAGUACAAGCUGUGUGUUUUAAAUUAAGACUGUUAUACUGUCUGUCCGGCCGCUGACUGGCUUACAUUAAAUAUGAACAAGAAAACUUAUUAAAAAAUUAUGUAUAAAAAAAGAACAAAAAAGAACAUUAAAAUAUCUUCCUAAGGAGCCGUUUUAAGCAUCCUAUACUUAUGUUUAGUCUGAAAAGCGGUAGGUUUCACAUCAUUUUUAAAUUGCAACCACUUUAGUCGGAUCAACAUAAAUAUACAAAAUGUAAUCUAUGUUGCUCAAGUCAAAAAUUUACAGAGUUAACGAAUUCAAAAAUUUUCAUCUCAUUCAAAAGCUUGUAUUGUUGAGAAUAAAAAAGACGUCUUUAUAAAUAAAUAAAUUAAAAAUAAAUGACAAAUUUAAAAUUUGUUUUUAGGCGGGAAAUGUCUAUCUUGGCUAGUUUUUAUGUGGACGCACAAAAAAUAAGCGGUUGCUUUUAACUAUUUAAUUUUCUAUUAGCAACAAUAUAUUUUUGUGCAUCCACAUAAAAAUGAAUGCGCAUUAAUUCGCUAAUUUCUGCUGUUCAAAGCCAUUGUAAGCCACAAUAAAUUUUUAUUAAUGAACUUAACGGUAGUUAGGGGACCAUACUUGAGCUACACAUCUUGUCCAUUUUAUGCAUAUUUCUGUUUGGACUUUAAUUUCAUACCGUUUUAAUUUAGUCUCCUUGGAAGCCGUAAUGGAAACGCAGUCUUUCACAAACUAACGGUACUUGUGAAAAUACAAAACAUAAUAAGAUUUUGUUCAUAACGUGUUGUAUACUUGCAAUCUUAAAAAAUUAAUAAUACAUUUGUAAAAUAUUUGAGACGAAUAUAAAGUAUUUAAGUAGAAAAACAAAUUUUAUGGCGUGAACUGUAAAUGUAAAGGCCAAGACGAACAGUUUUCAAUAUUAUGAAACAAGGAAAUGAUUAUCUUAUAAAUACUUAAUAUAGGGUUGACCAAAACUUUUGGUCCAUCAGUGUGUUCCCGGUUUAAAUUGCUAAACUAAAAAUAUAUAUUUAAGACUUGCUAAGUUAUAUUAUUGUACAGUUUCAUCGAAAUCCAUUCACUGUGUGAAAGCGCAACAAGACACAAAAAAAAACACACAGCUUUCACAUUUAUAAUGUAUAGGGAUUAUCUUAACAGAAAAAAUUUUUAUUCAAAAUUAACCACAAGUAAAAGUGAGCUAGCUAUAGCUCGUGAGAGAGACAGCACUAGCAAGUGAAAAAGUAAUUAAUAGCAUAAACAUAUCCUAUUAUCCGAUCAAUCAACUUUAAUUAAUUUAAAAAACAAAAAAAUGGUUGUUUUUAAAAAAAAAAAAAAUUUGUUGUUUUUUAAAUACUUAAUAAUUAGUUUUUAUAAUGGUAAGCAAAAACGAUAAAUCUAGGAAGAAUACCUAUUUUGAUAUUAUUUAGUCUAAUGAUUACAUAAUCUAGCUAAUUCAAAAUUUAGUGAAAAUUGUUGCUUAUUUUGAGAUUUUUAAUAAGUAUUAUCAUAU